CUCCCCUGCUGCAAACUGCUGCGAAGAUAAACUGUCUUGGUUUUUACCUCCUUAGUGAGUAUCAGACAUGGAUGGUUUCCAAACAGUCCUAAAGUUCUUCAUCGACCGGAAAACUGCUAUAGGUUACAGUUUUAUGGCACUGCUGACAAUGGGAGGUGAACGUGUGUUUUCUCUUGUUGCUUUCAGAUGCCCUUGCAGCGGUGAAAACCUCAGGUACGGUUUGGUAUUUCUCUUCUCCCCAGCUCUUGUUUUGCUAGUUAUUGGAUACUUCUUGAACAACAAGACCUGGAAACUCUUUACAGGCUGCUGGGUGAAUCCCAGGAAAAUAUUCCCGAGAGGGAAUGUCUGCCAUUUCUUUUACGUCUUUGGACAAAUCACUUUAAAUGCCCUGGUCGCCCCAGUGAUGUGGCUUUCUGUGGCUUUGCUCAAUGGGACUUUUUACGAAUGUGCCAUGAGUGGCUUGGACACUCCUGCCUACUUAAAGGUGGUUUGCAACAGAAAAUCUGAAAAGUGCUUUGGAGAGCUACACAUGGUAGCCUGUGGCAAAAGCUCCAUGCCCUUUUCAGAGAGUGAUGAACUAAGACGAACACUUCAAGCACAGUCCCAGAUUUUAGGCUGGUGUGUGAUAGUUACCACAGCCCUUCUCUCCCUACUAGCCACUUGCUGUGCCAGCUGCCAGUCAAAAGUCAGUCACCUCCAGCAGAUGUUCGGGAGAGUGUAUGAGGGGACAGAGAAGGAGCAACUGGAGCAUAUUUUCCAGCUGUAUGCCACCAAGCUGAGUGAGCGAAACCUCAAGUGCUUUUUUGAAAACAAGGAACCAGAACCGAUUUCCCUGCCAGCUUUUCAGGCAUGGGAGGAUGCUUCCCAGCUUUACUCUUUCAGCAACAGCAAACAGCAUUAUAGCACAAUUCACAAGCUAGUCGAAGAAGGCCGGAAAGGAACCAGUGAGGAAAGGGAGACAACGCUGGACUUUGUGGAAAGAAGGGAAAUACCAUAAAUCAAUUUUCAGCUUUUUUAUAUCUUGCUAAAAUAGCAUACUUCUAGCUGGUUUCAUCUCUAUUUUUUUUCCCACAACAGUCUCUUUCUUCUUCAUCAUAUUCCCUUCCAGUAAUACACUUGCUCCGAAAGAAUGGAAUGAAAUUAUUUCCCUAUGUCAGUGAAAAGGCUGUGGUCCUCCAUGUCACCCAGGGUUCAUGCUUUACUAAUGUCACUGGCUGACAGCAAGAGCUGACAGCAAAAAGAGAUGAAUAAUGACUUCUACAAGUGGGUUUUAACAAUAUCCCAUGUAAAAGGUGUAAUAGCAUUCUCUAUGUAAAUCAAGAGACCACCACUAAGUAACAUCAUUUAAAGUGUGUGAAUAUGAUAAUAGAAGAUGUGUGUGGCUUUCUGACAGCCCACAGAAAGUAAAGAUUUUCCUUCCAAGUCAUUUCCAGGCGAAUUGCAGGUACAGCCUCGUUUUAAGGCACCAGCAAUCCCUCAAGACUUCUCUCUUUGGAUAUUUUGCCAAACAUCUUCUCCAUAUUAUCUUCUCCAACUGAGAAUUUCUGUUUGUAUGGGUAUCAAGUUCUAGUAUUGAGUGGGUUUCAGGCACUAGGUGCGGCCUGUAGUGCUAUGUAACACUGUUUGUACUGGGCCUACAGCUAGUGUACAACGGAGGGCCUGGAAUGAAAAUUCCACUUUUCAAGACAAGAAAAUAUUUUUGCAGAAGACUGAUUUUCAUUUUUCUGAAUAUCUUAGAAAACUUAGUGUCGGGAGCAAGAAGAACUGGCAAGUGAGGCAACUGCAUAAUCAGUGCCUCUGACAAAUGCGUUUCACCCCAGAGCCCUAUGCUUUACCUCACCCACUAGGAAUUCACCAUGUGGCUCUCACACAGGAUAUCCAUCCAGAGUAUUCUCAAACAUUGUAUAAAAGGAGAAAAAAGUUACUUUCCCUGGGGUGUCUGGGCAGGCUUUUACGCAGCAUUUUACUGCCAGUCUCUCCGAGUCUGCAAAGAAUCAUAUUUUUGCUGUGCUUGAGUCAAGCUCUUAUCUACAAACCAGGGUACUCUGCCCAGCUGUUCUCAUACUCACUGUGCUUCUUUCAGCAGGUAAAAGUAUCUACAGGCAUAUACAAUUACUCUUUAUGAAAUAAAAUCCAAGAGCUAAUUCCACUGCCUGCUCAGAAUUUUUUCUGUAUGUUUUGAAUAACCUGUGACCUUUCAGACAAUGUUUAAACUACUUUUAUCCCAGGUGAUUCACUUAGCAACAGACUUAGAACAUGUCAUACACUCAAAUGCUGCAGCUGAAAGCACAGAUGCAACACUGUCAAAAUGAAAGUCACAACAGCAGACAUGUCUGACACUAUGCCUGGCAUAUACACUGGGUUCCUCUCCUGGUAUAGCAUCCACCUACUUUCAGGGUAUAUGACCAUUCCCGUUUGUCUGGUUUUAUAUUUCUUUAUGAGAGCUGCUCCAACAUCUUCUGUUCAGCCCCAUUUCAC